ACAACUUCCACAACCAGACACAGGAUGGAUCGGCUAAAUUUCACAGCUGCUCCUUCCAACUUCUCCUCACUGGAACAUCUUCCUUCUCACUUAUGGAUCUCCAGAGGUCUCAUCCCCGCAGUGGUCUUGUCUAUCUGUUUGAUGCUGGGCGUCCCUGGAAACUUUGCUGUGAUUCUUCUCAAGCCUAACUGGAAGAAUAUGUCCAGUAUGAGCCGGAGCUUGAUGCUGAAUUUGGCCUUUUCUGACCUCAUCUGCUUGUUGACCCUUCCACCUUGGAUUUAUUAUUUACUCCACAGUUGGAUAUUCGGUGUGGCGAGCUGUAAGAUUCUGUCAGGCCUUGUGUACUGCAGUGUUUAUGGCAGCCAGCUCACUGUGACUGCGGUUAGCGUCCAGCGCUACCUUGUGGUGGUCCACCGGAUAGACUGCAAACGGGUGCGAAAAAGAGUGCUGCUGGGUCUGGUCUGGCUGGUUGCUCUCCUCCUAUCCAUCCCUACUUUUGUGGUUCGACAGGUAAAGACAGAUCAGAAACUGAAACGUUGCAAACCAGUUUAUUCUUCCGAUGCCCAGUGGGUAGCACUUCUGCUGACAGAGGCCACGGUGGGGUUUGCUUCCUUAUCUCUGGUGGCAUUUACAUACAUUAGUCUCUACAGGAAAGUUAGUCAUGGAGCCUUUUUCAACAAUCGACAAACAACCCGACUGGUUACCUGUAUCAUUGUCUGCUUUUUUGUCCUGUGGGUUCCAUAUCAGGUCAUAAAUCUGCUGGGCGUAGCAGCCAUUUGUCUCCAGAAUGACAUCCUGUUGAAAUUUUGUAGAACUGCAUGGAACGUUACUGGAGCGCUGUCAUUUGUAAAUAGUUGCAUCAAUCCACUCCUCUAUGCCUUUACCUCUGAAAAGGUUUGCACUGUUUGCCUAAAAAAGGAUCCAGAGCAGCAGGAUUCCAGAGAUCUCCGAAAAACAGAUAUGAGCACAACUUCUGAGCCUUGAACAGAAAAGGCAAAAGGAUGAGUUGAUGAGGAAUACAUUUGUGCUGGACUUGAUCAUCCAGAGCUUGUAUCAGUUUCAGAAGAUUUUCAGAGUCAUAUAUCUCUCUCUCUCUCACUCUCUCUCUGUCUCUCUGUCUUUCUCUAUCUCUGUCAUUGUUGUUUUUAUUCCAACAUAUUUCUAUUAAGAGUAUUUUGUUGACAUUUUUGUGCUUUUUCUGCUCUUAAAUAUACCUUGAACUGAAGAGCAUAAAUGUGUAUUUAACUCAUGUGAAUCUAAAAAAUAAUAAGCACCUAUCUAACUAUCUGAAAUGCAAAAAGAAUGUAGCUUUUUGUUAUGUAGCUUUGUAAACAUCUGGGUUGAAUUUAAACUUUUUUGCAUUAUGCAAUCUGUGUAGAUAACUAUUAAUAAAGCAAGUCCAUCCAAA